AUGUUGACUGCCAUAUUUUUGUUGUCGCUUUAUUUUUUGGAAAAGGACGAGUUUUGUAAGGUUGGUGGGGUUGCUCAGAUUAAAGUUUUUACUCUGUUUCUCUUCCCAAUAACAUGUUAGAGACGCAGAGGAUUCAUACACUUUUCUAUACAUGAUUUUUCAAGCCGAAAUUCAAAUUUAAUUAAGCUGAAAAAUUUGUUGAUUGCUCAUAUUAGAUGAGAUUUAGCUGAUUUUCACUAAUAUGAGCAAUGCUUUUAGCAACAAAAAAAAGUUCUCAAAAUUUUGAGGUCCGAAACAUGUCCAAUGGCUAAAUCCCCAGUUAGUGGAAAAAUUGAAAUUCAAAAAAAAUUGUAAAAAUUUUGAAACAGCAAAAUUUUUUUUCUCGAAAAAGAUAGAAAGACUAUCAAAUAGAUAAGUGUGUGAAACAAUUAAAAAAAUUUUGAAACAGUCAAAUUUUUACUUAGAAAGAUAUAGGAAUACUAAUUUUUUGAAAAUUCAGAAAAAUUAGUAAAAAUUAUGAAACAGUAAGUUUUUGUUUCAAAAAUUGUUUUCCUUGAAAAUAUGAGCAAAAAUUAUCAAAUAGAUAAGUGUGAAAAGUUUUGAAACAAUUUUGAAACAUUUAUUUUUUUCACAUAAUUAAAAAGUACAACAAAGCAGUACAAUCAGUUAAUUUAGGAAAAUUUCAAAAAUUGAGUAUUUUUGAAACAGUCAAAUUUUUUUCAUAACAUAAAAUAGUGUUGCCAUUGUUAAAUCAAUUAUAUUUCUGAAAAUUUAAAUAAUUUUGAAACAGUCAAUUUUUUUUUGAAAAAAUUUUCAAAUUAAAUUAUUUUUGCAAAAAGCAAAAAAUUUGAAACAGUAAGUUUUUUUUCAAACAAAAAGAGACAUUAUCAAAUCAGUUAUAUUUCGGUAAAAUCAAAAAAUUUUGAAACAGUAAUUUUUUUCACAAAAUUAGAAGGAACAACAAAACAUUACUAUAUCAGUUAAUUUUGGAAAAUUUCCAAAUUUGAAUUAUUUUUGAAACAGUAAAUUUUUUUCAAAACAAAUAGUAGUCAAAACUUAUCGAAUUAUUACUAUUCUGAAAAUCAAAAACUUUUGAGACAGUGAAAUUCAAACAAUUUUUGAAACAGUGAUUUUUUUCUCACAAAAUUAGAAAAAACUAUUUUCUUGUUAAAAAUCACACUAAUUUUUUGAAAAUUCGAAAAAAUUAGUGAAAAUUAUGAAACAGUAAGUUUUUUUUCAAAAAUUGUUUUCCUUGAAAAUAUGAACAAAAAAUUAUCAAAUAGAUAAGUGUGAAAAGUUUUGAAAAAAAUUUGAAAUAGUGAUUUUUUUUCACAAAAUUAAGAAGACUCAGAGAUUCGCUGGCCAGCUGGUCACUAGGUGGGACCGACUGUCCAUCUGAAAUUGACACGGACAACCACAUCGCCCGUAUUUUUUGCCAGACGACCUGGUCGCGAGGUGGUCCAGUUCAUGCAGACCACCUCGCCCAGGUUGUCCAGCUCGACCCGACCUCGCGUCCAGAUCGUCUCGCUUAAGAGAAAAAAGUCCAAAAAACUUGUGAAUCAGAGCAUUCUAGAAGAAAUUGGCUCAUUUUCUGUUUUUUCGGAGUACUUGAAACCUUAGGAAGUGAAAAAAACAGUAAAAAAUGCAUUAUUUUGAGUACAAACCACCGUCUUGCUAGCUUUCCAGGAUUUCAAACACACGGGCCACGUGGCCGGAAAACUCAAGGCGACCUGGUGGCCGGAUCAAAUUCAGCUCGUUUUGAACUUUCCGGCCACCUGGUCCUGAUCUAGUGGCGAGCUGGCCAGCGAAUCUCUGAGGAACAACAAAACAUUUGUAUCAAUUAAUUUUGAAAAAUUUUCAAAAUCGAAUUAUUUUUGAAACAGUGAAAUUUUUUUGUGAAAAAUUUUGGAAAAUUUCCAUGAUGGAAAACAUAUACAUAAAGUUUAAAAACAGCGAAAAAUUUCGAACAAUAGGUUUUUUUUCAAAUAAAAAAAUCAUAAUAUUAUCGAAUCAAUUUUUAUUUCGAAAAAUUAAAACAUUUUGAAACAGUCAAAUAAAAAAAAUAUUUUGAAACAGCGAUUUUUUCUCACAAAAUUAGGAAAAACGACGAAACGCUGAUACAUCAGUUAAUUUUGAGAAAUUUCAAAAAAUAUAUUAUUUUUGGAACAGUGAAAUUUUUUUGGAAAAAUUUUUAAAAUUGCGAUAAAAAUGAUUAACACAUUAUCGAAUCAGUAAUAUUCUGAAAAUUAAAAAAUUGUGAAACAGUGAAAUUUUUUUUCGAAAAAAUGAAUUUUUCACUGUUUCAAAAAUGCUUCUAGCUCUAAAAAAUCAUCCGAUCUUUUUCCAGGCCGGCCUAGUCUUCUCAAUCCUCAUCAAUUUCAAACACAUCUACAUCUACUACGCUCUCGGCUACGUCUUCUAUUAUCUCCUCAACUAUUUCCACACACUCAACCACCAAAUCCCCAUCAAAAUCCUAUUUCUUGGCUCCGCAAUUCUUGCUCCAUUUUCGGCCUCGUUUUUGCCAUUCCUAGCCACCGGUGGACCUCAAUCAAUUCUUGAUAUUCUCCAUCGACUCUUCCCAAUAUCCCGUGGACUUACUCACGCAUUUUGGGCACCCAAUUUUUGGACUCUCUAUAAUUUGCUCGAUUUGGUGUUGUACAAAUUGACGAGGAUUUUGAAAGUGGCGCCGAAUUUGGUGGCGCCAAGUUACACCAAUGGAUUGGUGCAGGAAUAUGAGCAUAGCGUUUUGCCGAACGUUUCGCCAAUCGGAACUUUGAUUUUGGUCGUGGUGUCGAGUUUGGUGGCGAUGUUUGCGUUGAUUUGGAGAGGAAAGGAGAGAGGUGGGUUUUUUUAAAAGUGAAAACAAUUCACUGUUUCAAAAAUUAGUUAUUUUUUUGUGGAUUUCCGAACGAUUGAUGAUUUAACAUACGAUAACAAAUUGAAAAAUAAAAGUGGACUUGAAUUUAAAAAAAAACAAUUCCGGGAUAAAUUUGAUUGAUUUUUGAAACAGUGAAUUUUUUCAGAAAAUUAGAUACUGAAAAAUUUUGACUCACUUUGCCUAUUUAGAAAUCAAUUAUAAAUUCCAAAUACAUCCAAUUAAUUUUGAAACAGUGAAAUUUUCGAAAUCAAUUUUUUCCACAGUUAAAAAAAACUUUCCAAGUGGAAAAAUUUUACUGUUUCAAAAAUUAUUCAAUUUUUGUUGGGAUUUUCUAUAAAACUUGUUUUGAUUCGCGAAAUUUCCUCCAAAAUCUCAGUUAUUCAAAGAAAUUUGUUUUCAUUAGACUAGAGAUGUGGUAAUUGAGAAAAAAAUAAUUUGAAAAUGUUUAUGUGAUUUUUGAAACAGUCAAAUUUCGAACAUAUUCGAAGUAGUUAGUUUUGAAUCUAUUUUAAAUGUUGAAUUUUGGAAAUUUGUCAGUAAAUUAUAACAAUCUCAUGAAUUGAUGUGGUUUUUUUGAAACAGUGGAUUUUUCUGGUCAGAAAAAUUUUUAUGUUGAGGAUUUCUGAAUUUUUUCCACAUUAAAGAAAUUCACCAAUAAAAAAAUAAUUCUAAGAAAAAAUUAAUUGAUUUUUGAAACAGUAAAUUUUUUCAGUAAUAAUUUUGAAGGUUUUGGAAAUUUUGAAAUUAUUUUUUUUUAAUUAAUAAUUUUGAAACAGUAAAAUUUUUCGAAAUAAAAUUGUUUUGAAAAUUACUGAAAAGUUUUAUAUAAAAUCAAAUUAAAUAAUUUUGAAACAGUAGAUUUUUUAAAUUCCUAAAAAAAUUCCCUUUUCUCCCAUGAAAACCCCUCAUUUUUCGCAGAUUUCUCAAUAUUUGCCACAAUUUCCGCCCUUUGCUUCUUCUAUUUUGGAUAUCAUGUUCAUGAAAAGGCAAUUAUCCUGAUCACAAUCCCUUAUACAAUUUAUGCCAUCAAAAAUCCAAAAUUCAUCAAAAAUCUCAUUUUUAUCCAACAAAUCGCCACAUUUUCCAUAUUCCCGUUGCUUUUCACAAAAUUCGAGAUUCUCGUCAAAUACGCCAUUGGUGCCACGUAUUUUUUGCUUCAAUUAUUCCUGGCGAAAAAAAUGACACGAGUUCCAAUAUCGAUUUUUUUGCCAACGGGGCAUUGCGUAUUUUACACGUUGCUCAUGUUAGCCGAGAUUUAUAACACGUUUAUUCAUGCGUGGAUUUUUGGCGCGAAAACAUUCGAAUUCUUCCCGCUUUUAUUGAUUUCGCUGGUGAAUUCGAUUGGUGUCACGUGGUUUUUUGCCACGUGUCUCUGGCGUAUUUUGGGAGCGGAUGAGACGUGGAAUUUGGCAAAGUGUCGAAUGAGAGAAGAGUUGAUCAAGAAGCGGUUGACGUAUUCGGUGCAGAGUGUGGAUUAUGAAGAGCAUGUCGAAAUUGUGGGAGGUGGGCGAUUUUUUUGGGGGGAAAAAUUCUUGCCACGUGGCAGUUUUAUAAAUAUGAAAAUUGCGAAAUUCAAAUAGUUUUCGAAAAAUUUAAAAUUUUUCCGAAAAAUUAAAAAAAAAUUACUGUUUCAAAAUUUUUAUGAAUUUUUAAUGGGAAAAUGAAUUUUGAUUUUUUUCUUUUUCUCGGAUAAUCAGAAUUUUCAGAAAUUUAGCCACGUGGUAAUUUUAUAACCUGAUUGUGAGUAAUUGUUUUUCAUGAAAAUUUCUGACUCAUUAAUAAAAAUUGCUAAUUUUGAAAUUUUGGAACUCAAAAAAUUACUGUUUCAACAUUUUCAUAAAUUUUUUGUAACGGAAGUAUUUUAUCCGGGGUUCAAAAUUUCAUGAGGAAAAUUUCUUAAAUUUCAGUCUUAAAAUUCCAUGCUGUAAUUCUGAAAAAUCUUAAAAUUUUUCAAAUAUUUUCGAAAUAAAAUAAUUUCAAAAUUUACAUGAUUUUUUUGUGGAAAAAUGGAUUUUGGCUGGUUUCUGUUUUCAGUUGGAAAUAACAAAUUUUAGAAAUUUUGCCACGUGGCAAUGUUAAAACCUGAAUAAUUGUUUUUCAGGAAAAUUUCUGACUUAUCAAUAAAAAUUGCUAAUUUUGAAAUUUUUGAACUCAAAAAUUCUACUGUUUCAAAAUUUUUAUGAUUUUUUAGUGGAAAAAUGGAUUUUGGUCGGUUUCUUUUUUCAGUUGGAAAUAACAAUUUUUCGAAUUUUUGCCACGUGGCAAUGUUAAAAAUGAUCAUUUUUGUCCAAAAAAGUUCUGACUCACUAAUAAAAAUUACUAAUUUUGAAAUUUUUGAACUCAAAAAAAAUUACUGUUUCAAAAUUUUCAUAAUUUUUUUUUGGAAAAAAUGACUUUUGAUUUCGUAGUUAUGUAUGAAAGUUUACCCAAAAAGUUCAUUUACAAAAAAUGCCCAACCAGGAAUUUUUUUUUAGAAAUUUCGCCACGUGGCAACUUCAUUAUUGAACAAAUGUUUUUUUUUCAGAAAAAUCUAUAUCUAAAAAAAAAUCCGAAAUUUAAAACUUUUCGAAACUGUGAAAAAUUUACGGUUUCAAAAUUUUUAUGAAUUUUUAAUCGAAAAAUUAAUUUUAAUAUUCUUUUCUUUAUGAAAUCUUUCAUUCCCAUUUUCAAAUUUUCAGCUCAAAAAUUUACUGUUUCAAAAUUUCCAUGAAUUUUCAAUGAACAUUUCUAUUUCGAUACACUAACUGCAUCCUUAGGAAUAUCAAAAAAAAAAAAAUUAUUUUCCAGGAAUCGACAUUUCGGCGAGCAAAACCAACCCAGAUUUCGUAGUAAUCUCCUUCUCAAUCUUCACCUAUCCAAAUCUCUUGCAUCUCGCAACAUUUUCCGAUUGUCAAAUUCUCGAAACACCCUACAUUCCGCAAUUUUUGGCGAUCAGAGAAGCCGAAAAACUCGCCGCAUUCGUUCGAAAAUGCUGCGAACAAUGGCCGAAUUUCCGGCCAGACGUCAUUUUUUGCGAUGGUUUCGGCGAAUUUCAUUCGAGAAACUGUGGAAUGGCGUGUCAUGUGGGAGCGUUGACUGGAAUUGCGACAAUUGGAGUCGCUAAGAAUUUGGGAUUGGGCCAGGAAAAUAAAGAAAAUUUGGAAGAAUUUUUGAAGGCCGCCAGAAAAUCGCUGGAUUCGGAGAAGAAGAAGGGAUUUGUGGCUUUUGAUUUGGACGAAAAAACACCGUGUAGAAUGAAUAUUUUGAAAUUGAAUGGAAACAUUACGGUAGGGAAUUUUUUGGGAGGUCUGCGGAGUACUGUAGCACCUUUUUUGGAGAAAAAACUGGGGUUUUAGGUACUGUAGUUUUUCAAAGUACUGUAGCCUAUUUUUUUGCUGCUUAAAAUUAUCUGAAAAUUAAAGCAUGCGAAAUUUUAGACCUUACAGUAAUCCUGAAUUUUUUAAAGAAAAAUCUGGAAUUUUUUUUCUAGAUCUGGGGAGUACUGCAAUUAGGUUAUUGUAGGUUUUGUACUGUGGAUACAGUAGUCUUGGAAUUUUAGAAAAUCUGAGGAUUACUGUAGCCUAUUUUUUGCUGCUUGAGAUUAGUUGAAAAUUGACACGAGGAACACACCCUACAGUAUUCCUGAAUUUUUUUUCUCGAAAAAUCUGAUUUUUUGUCAAUAUCUGGAGAUUACUGUAUUUAGGUUACCGUAGUUUUAAAUACUGUAGGUACAGUAGUUUAUUUUUAAAAACCUUGGAAUUUUAGAAGAUCUGAGGAGUACUGUAGCCUCUUUUUUAGUUGCUUGAAAAUAGCUGAAAAUUGACACAUGAAAAAUCUCUAGACCUGACAGUAAUCCUGAGUUUUUAGGUACUGUAGUUUUUGGAGAUCUGCGGAGUAUUGUUGAAAAUUCCCAAUUUUUCAAAAAUCAAAAAAUCUACUGUUUCAAAAUUUUCAUGAAUUUUUUUUUACAUUUUCUCAGGAUUGACAAAUUUAUUGAAAAUCACUAAUACAGUAAUCUUGCAGUCCGGUGUUUUCGUAUCUGCUGGUUAUGGAAUCGAACUCGAUGUUGCCACCCAAAUCGCAAUUCAAUGCCUAAAAACAUCUACAACCUGUGAACCGAUUCGAAAAGCUGAUUUGACGUCAAGGGAUCUGGUGAGGAAAUAUUUUGAUUAA